ACAUAACAUAUUUUUCUUAAAUAUAUACAUGAAUGUGUUUGUAUUUAUAUCCAUUUACAUUUAAUUGUUUAGCAGACGCUUUUAUCCAAAGCGACUCACAAAUGAGGAUAAUGGAAGCAAUCAAAAACAACAAAAGAGCAUUGAUAUAUAAUUGCUUUAACAAGUCUCAGUUAGCUUAGUACAUGUAGCAAGUUUUUUUUAAUUUUUUUUUAUUAUAUAAUAAAAAGAAAACAGGUAGAAUAGAGCAAGCUAGUGUUAGAGGCCUUUUUGCUUUUGUUAAUUGUAUAAUAAAUAACAAGAAAAUAGAUAGAAUGCAAAAAUAAUGGAACAGUUAGUGUUAUAUAUUUAUUUUGAGAAAACAAGUAAGUAAAUUUAUAGAGUUUAAGUCUAAAUGGGGAACUUGUAGCAUCUUGUAGCAGAACUUCACUUGUGUUAGCAUCCCAUUGACUCCCAUUUCUUUUUGGCGUCACUUUGACAGCGAAUAACUUUACAUCUGAGGCGUUUAAAGACUCUUGGAGACAUUUGUCCAUUAUUUAUUUCUAAAGAUGCACGACAAUGUAUAAAGGGCUCCAUUACCUUUUAUGUUAAAUUAUGGCCCCGUAGAAACAGUUUUUGUAAAAAUAGGCUAACGAUUACGUCAUAACCACUCGACUCUCUGUCCCACGAAAGAGAAAUUACCGUACAGACAAGAGGAGAAGCUCACAGGCAAUUAACUUAAUAUGGCAUACUGGCGUUACAUUUUAAAAUACUAUACAAAAUAAUUAAUCAGAAUACUUACUCCUGCUCACUCACGCCAAAGAACUCCCCGCUCAAGCUCACCGUCUCUGCGAGAUUAACGAUGGCAGUUUGCACGCACACCUACUAGAAGAUUUACAUCUGUCAGACAGGUUGCCGACGUCAUCAAGGUCAGUUUGAGUCUGCGCGUCAGAAACGCUAAAAAUGGGCUUAACUUGUCUCAGUUGAGUUCCAAUGGGGUCGCUGUUUCCAUUUCUUUUACUGUCUAUGGGUGAUUCAGAUUUCUCCUGGCACAGCAAUUAGAAGACGUACAGGUUGCUCACGUGUCAUUUACGUUAUCAAGCUCAGUUUGAGUCUGCGCAGUACGUUCGACCCCCAGGAAGUGCUUGCUUCUAAUUUACUUCAUUUUUCUCCAUUGAAUCCAUAUACAGGUUGAAUCCAAUGGGGUCGCUGUGUCCAUUUCUUUUACUGUCUAUGAUACCGCCCAGCUCCGCUCAACCAGUGAGCAGUAACGUGUGACAAUCGUGCACCAGAGAGACACGGGGAGAGCGAGAGAUCCAAUUGCAGGUAUUUAUUAAGUAUAAUCCAAAUCCUGGUCGAACAAGCCAAGGUCAAAACCAAAUAAGCAGUCCAAACAAAUAAACAAAUGAAACAAAGUAGGGAACUGGAAAAAGAAAGGAACAGGAACAGGAACUCGGAGGACGAGAAGACAAUGAAGACAAUGGGAAUACAAGAAGGCUGGCUACAUGAAGGAUAAGGACUCCAUACAAACAACAGGAAAAGACUGGAAUAUAUAGGGAGGCUAAUGACAAUAGAGUGCCUGCACCUGGUGCAAUUAACAGGAGUGUAAUCACUGUGAAGACAGGAGCACAGACUAGAGGAAUUCUAGUGCCUACGGUGAAGUGCCUAAGGGGAAGUGAGCCCACUAGUGGACACCCAGAGAAACAGAGACUAGACAGCGUGACAUUACCCCCUCCUCCACGGAGCAGCUGCCAGAUGCUCCACCCGAACCCAAGGAAAAAACAAAGACACAAAGAGACCAGGAGGGAGGUGGAGCGGCGGAGGAUCAGGGGGAGGGACGGAGGGCCAGAUAAAAUGGUAAAACAGAGACAAGAGGACCAGCUAGAAUGGGGAAACAGAGACAAGACAACCAGUUAAAAUAGGGAAACAGAACAAAGAGAAGUGCAACACAAAACAAGGAGUCCUGGAGGGUGGUGGACCGGCGGAGGAUCAGGGGGAGGGAUGGAGGGCCAGGUCCUUAGAGGGAAACAGAACGAAAGACACAGACAAGAAACCCAGGAGGGAGGUGGACCAGCGGAGGAUCAGGGGGAGGGACGGAGGGCCAGGUCCAUAGGAGGAAACAGAAAGAAAGACACAGACAGAAGAACAACAAAAAAUAAACACAAAAGCACAAGUCCAAGAAGGACAUCACUUGACGCCCACCAGGGCGGAGCAGAAGACAUAACCAUGUGGUUGGGACGGACGCCCCCCAGGGCGGAGCAGAAGACCACCACAAAUGUGUGGUCAGGGCGGAAGCCCCCCAGGGUGGAGCAGAAGACCACCACAACCGUGUGGUCGGGACGGAUGCCCCACAGGGCGGAGCAGAAGUCCACCACGUCCAUGUGGUCGAGACCGGAGUCCCCAGGGCGGAGCAGAAGACCACCACAACCGUGCGGCCGAACCAGAUGGCCCCCAGGGCGGAGCAGAAGACCACCACAACCGUGUGGUCAGGACAGACGCCCCCCAGGGCGGAGCAGAAGACCACCACAACCAUGUGGUCAGGGCGGAACAGAAGACCACCACAUCCGUGUGGUCGAACCAGACGCCUCCCAGGAAAGAGCAGAAGACCACCACAUCCUUGUGGUCGAGGCAGACGGACCCCAGGGCGGAGCAGAAGACCACCACAUCCGUGCAGGCCGGACCAACAGGAGGACAAGUCUGGUUGGGCAAGUCUGAAACAUAGAACAUGAACAUGUUAAGGGUAGCCUCUGUGGCCACAACAGGAACAGACGGGUGCUCAGAGAGUUCGACUGAGACAUGACAAGUCUCUGGAAGUUCCGCAGAGGCGAGGAGAGACUCUGGUAGUUUAGCAGAGACAUGGAGCAGUUCUGGUAGUUCAUCAGAGACGUGGAGAGGCUCUGGUAGUUCCACAGAGAAGUUACGAGACUCUGGUAAUCCCAUGGUGUUUAUACUGGAUCCCAGAAGAUCGGUGCUGACUUGACUCUGCUCAUGAAGAUUAUUGGUGACUUGCAUUUGUUCAUGAAGAUCAUUGGUGACUUGUAUUUGUUCAUGAAGAUCAAUGGUGACUGGCCUUUGUUCAUGAAGAUCAGUGGUGACUUGCCUUUGUUCAUGAAGAUCACUGGUGACUUGAAUUCUCCCAUGAAGAACCCCGGUGACUUGACUCUGUCCUUGAAGAUCACCAGUGACUUGACUCUGUCCUUGAAGAUCAUCAACAGUGACUAACCCUGACUCUGGAAGGCAGACAGUGACUAACCCUGACUAUGGAAGGUCAAUGGUGACUAACCCGACUCUGGAGGGUCCAUGAGCACCUGACUCAACUUUGGAGGGUCAACUGGAACCGGACUCAACUCUGGAAAGUCAACAUGCACCUGACUUGACUCUGGAAGGUCAACAGGAAUCUGACUUGAUUCUGGAGAAUCAACUGGAAUGUGACUUGAUUCUGGAGGGUCAACAGGAACCUGACUCGACUCUGGAGGGUCAACGGGAAUAUGACUCGACUCUGGAGGGUCAACAGGAACCUGACUCAACUCUGGAGGGUCAACGGGAACCUGACUCAACUCUGGAGGGUCAACGGGAACCUGACUCAACUCUGGAGGGCCAACGGGAACCUGACUUGAUUCUGGAGAAUCAACUGGAAUGUGACUUGAUUCUGGAGGGUCAACAGGAACCUGACUCGACUCUGGAGGGUCAACGGGAAUAUGACUCGACUCUGGAGGGUCAACAGGAACCUGACUCAACUCUGGAGGGUCAACGGGAACCUGACUCAACUCUGGAGGGUCAACGGGAACCUGACUCAACUUUGGAGGGCCAACGGGAACCUGACUCAACUCUGGAGGGUCAACGGGAAUAUGAUUCGACUCAGGAAAACCCACUGUAGCUGCCAUCCUCUGCAGUGGCUCUGGGCUGGCGGCCACCUUGUGCAGUGGCGCUAGGUUGGUGGCCAUCUUGUAUUGUGGUGCUGGUUCAGCAGACGUGAUGUGAACAGUCUCUGGAUCAGCAGACGUGACGUGAACACUCCUGGGAAUCUCUAGGAUCUUUGACAGCAUGGAGAAAUAAUCCAAAAAUGUCUCAGCGUUCAUCUUGGGCGUUGGCGCUGAGCUGGCGGCCAUCUUGCACCGUGGCGCUGGGCUGGUGACCCCUUUGUGCUGUGGCGCUGUGCUGGCGUCCAUCUUGCCUCGUGGCGCUGGGUUGACGGCCAUCUUGUGCUGUGGUGUUGGGCUGACUUCCAUCUUGCCUCGUGGUGCUGGGUUGGCGGCCAUCCUGUGCAGUGGCGCUGGGUCAGCGGCCAUCUUGUGCAGCGGCACUGGACUGGCGGCCAUUUUGUGCAGCGGCGCUGGCUAGACAGACUUGCGCCUCCUCUCCCCUCUCCGUCCACAAUGGGGAGACGGCGGCUCGCAUCCGAACCCAGGGUCGACGGGAGGCCACAGUGGAGAGCGAUG